GAUCACCUUAAUCUCAAGCGUGUAGCUGGGCUUACGACAAAUGGCAGCUAGCGCCAAUGUCCAGCGCUUCACUGCUGACUUCAGUAAAGCUCCCGGGACCCUGACGCUUACGGCCACCCAUGUGGCCUGGGUUCCAAAAGUCACGGGAGCCAUGGAUCGGCAGAACCAAGCGAUGAACAGGGUGAUCAAUAUGCUAGCGAGUAAAGCUGGAUCCCCGAAAGUCAGUCUCAAGCUCUUGUUCAAGGAUAAUAUACCGGAAAAUGGACUCCUCUUCACCUUUACAGAUCCAAAUACGAGAGAAGAUGAUCGAAAGACCGUGCAGGAUACGUUGAUCCCAUUCGUCGCUGCCAACAGAGCUGGUCCUUCGACCGCACCAGCUUCGGCGGGUACACCAGGUGGAGGAGGUUCUGGAGCUGGAUCUGCGCCUGGAACACCAUCAGCGAUUGCGUUAGGAAAACGGAAAGCUGACGGGGCGAGUCCGUCGGGAAGUGGAACUGGAGGAGGCAGGAGCAAGGUGGAGAAACCGGACGAUUGGAGUUUGAUGAAGAAAGUGUUGAUCAAAAAUCCAACGUUGAACCUGCUUUAUCGGGAGUUGGUCUUGACCAAGCAGAUCACCCCCGCGGAAUUCUGGGAGGGAAGGGAGGGCCUGAUUGAAGCGGAGAGAAUGGCUCAAGCACAACGGCCCGGUCGACCUUCUCGCUUGCUCGAUGAUCGAUUUGACCUGAGUGCGAGCCGAAACAAUGCCAGUACCGUUGGAGGUACAGGUGUGGGAGUCAAAACGAAACAAGAGACUGGACCCAUGAUCAUCAAAUUGGACAAAGAGUUGACAAGGGAAAUCUUUGAAGAGUUCCCAGUAGUUCAAGACGCAUAUGCGAAAUAUGUCCCUGGUAUAUCCGAAGCAGAGUUUUGGUCCAGAUACUUUCAAAGUCAACUUUGGGAACGUCAUCGUGCAAGUGUCAGGCAAAGUACCAAUGACGAAGUGACCAAACGUAAGGACGAUAUUUUUGACCAGUAUCUCGAAGAGCCAGAUUGGAACGUCGAACCGCGUCAUCAGCAAACUGCCGACGUAGAGAGAUUCCUUGAUCUAGCAGCGACGGAGGAGGAUCACGGCGAGGCUUCCGUGAGGCGAGAUGUCACCAUGCAAGCUGGGCGAGAAAGGGCAUCGCUGCCUCUGAUGAGGCGAUUCAAUGAUCAUUCAAACAAACUUCUGAGGCGCGGCAACGAGAAUGCUACCGAAGGUCGCGGUUAUCUCAACACGAUCCUGCCGGAUGAUACGGACAUCUAUGCUGAGAUCGACUUGGAAGAUCUACGCGGACCCGCAACCUCUGCCACCAUCGCUUUGGAUGUGCAAGAUGCGGAUGAGGCGGAGAAGGGCAAGGAAAAGUCGACGUAUCGCGGUAUCGUUCCUGGAAAGUCGGCGGAGGAACUUGUCGCGAUCGCCCAAACUCAAGCGCAAGCGCUGCUCAACUACCAACCAGAUUUCCAAUCGAUCUCGGUGCCUACACCUCCUGGCGGUUGGGAAAAGAAUCGCCUCGAAUCGGGUGCAUCAGCUCAACAGGCCAAAGAACAUGAAAAGUUCUAUGCCCAAAAGCUAGGUGCAGAUGCUGCGGGUCAGAUUGUCAGAGACAUGCACGUCGCGUCUAACGCUGAGAACGCGCCAAUUGUACCGCUUCCUGAGAGCUUAUUCGAUCAGAUGCGAUCGUGUCACAAUGCAGCCGCCGAGUUCCUAAGACAAUAUUGGUCCGCUAUACUUCCUACCACGGCAGGUACCUUGGGCCCGUCGACGAUCGCUGCGAAGCAAGCCAAAGCGGAGAAAAUGGCAGGGUAUCUGAAACUGACAGAAGGCAAGGUGAACGCUGUCAUACAUACAGCGACGAUCGUCGGCGUAGAUCCAGAGAGGAUCAAGGCGGCACUAGCGCCUACUGUCGGAGCUGUCCGUGUUGCUUUGGAGAGGGAGCAAAAGAGGACAGCGAGGAGCAAUGGGGCUUGACCUUGGGCCGCAGAGCAUCAAGCCGUCCAAGAGGGUAUCCAUCUAUGCAUC